UCCUAUGUAAACUGUGUUUGUGAACCCUGGGCCGCACGACACGGUCGGCCAAAGUAAUCUAUAGAGUAGCCACUAGCACUGGCCGUUGCGGUGUGACCGACGUAGUUUGCUGUUACAUAGCAAAAACGCUUUGUUCAAUAACUUCAAAAUCAGAAGUUGGCGCAACCAUUGAAAUCGUGGCCUGAAGUUGCAUGUCUGCCAAGUCGCCCUACUUCAAGUUAUCGCUCGAAUGUGCUAGGCAGUUAUCGUGAGACGCCGCUGAAAUCCGCCGAAACGUAGCCGACAACAUGUCUAGGAAGUCAACUAGACAAAGGAAACAUUACCGUAAAUUAUUUAGCUAAAGAUCCUGUCGGCUUAAUUCGAAGACUGUCAUGAUGUCGCCGGUAGGCCAGCAAGUGGUUCAGCUGGAAACCAACGGAUCAAUUAUCAUAGACAAAGAAGAGGCCACCAGAGACAGCUGUGGCAUCAUGAUCACAGCAAGCAACUGUGUUAAUAACUGCCGGGUGUCGCCAACAGCAUGCGCGAGCGCUAAAUCGACGACCACAGUGGCAUUUCACCUGUUGGUAGCACUUACCAUCACGGUCGUAUGUGUCAAUUUAGCGAUGAAUAUUUUCCUCAUUCGGGUACUGCAGCUAACCCGAGCUGGAAUGAGCUCAAUGAAGUUCUCGGCGUCGUCCGGUAUCUGGCUAAGAGAUUACGCCGUGUUUGCCGACCUGUUACGAACUACGCGGUUGUCACACGUUGCCGGUAACAAGGAACAGCCGAACGUAGGUCUCUUGAUGUCGUCGGGGAAGGACAUACACCUAGAGUCAAACAAUCGGGCGGGUCAAGUCAAUUCCUUGUCCUUGUCAAAUGGACGGUUAGAGGCCCGUGGAGAAGCGUUCGAAGUUCUAGCUAGUUCUGACCGAGGUGUACUGUUCAGAGCGGAUCAAGACCAGUUGAUAGUAGCCGCAGACAGAGUACCAGGCACCGCUCCGAACGGGUUCAAUCUUCAGGGAUCAUUGCAAGCUAAAACCGUGCGUGGAAGUCCCCACUACGAUCUAAGACUGGAAUCGCCGUUAAACGAAGUCAAUAUUCGGAGUGGUGGAGAGCUUUUGAUUGAAUCCAAAGCGGAACAUAUCAGCAUGAGAUCUGUUGACACUGUCAAUAUCCAGUCACAGGACGGGACGAUUGUAUUGAACAGUCACAAAUUAGAAAUCAAGGAUCUUCCUAUUGUCGCUGUAAGGAGCGUGCGUGUCAAACGAUAUAUUGAAGAUCCAGUUGAAUUAGCAGAAGACGGAGCUGAUGGAGGUACCGAAGUGGCUGUUGGUAGUUUCGAAGACCAAGAGGGCACAGCAAAUGGGCAACGGUCUGGGGAACAAGAUGACGGUACCUACGCGCUGUGCACCUGCAAAAAUGGAAAACUGUUCGCGGUUGAUCCUGACGAUAACUGCCGGGCUAGCCUAACGUUCUGUAAUGAACCCAGCAAUAAUGAAUGAUUCUUUUGUAACUAUGUAUUAGAAUCGCUUUCUGCUAAGAUUAUUGGGAUGAAAGCGGAUGUUAAGCAUGCUCCUUCUUGGUACUUUGAUACGUGUUAGGAAGAAUGCAACUUUAGAUACCUGCGUGUCGUUCUAGGGUCAUUGCAGGAUGUCUGGAUAAUUUGAUAGUACAAUUUUAUUCUACUAUAUGUUUUUGGGCCAACUUUUCUGACAAGGGUGUGUUUACGCUUGUGUUCUGUGCUUGUCUACACUAUUAAAUGGAAAUAAUAAAUUAAAAAUUACAAAUUUGUUUCGUACGGCAAGAUGGAGCUAACUCUAUUAAAUCGUUAGUGUAUAAGUGACAGGUAUCUGAAACAAGGACGGAUUUUAUCCAACGCUACCCCUUGCAACGAUUGUCGGCCACGAUGUAGGA